AUGCAAACCAAACCAAAUAUCGAAUCCACUAAAAUUGCACACGUGAUUAAUCACAGAGAUCUGGAAAAUUAUGAGCAGAGCAGAAUAGAUAGCGUUAGUGAAUUUAUUAAACCCAGGCCACCCAUGCUGCGAAUCGAGAAAGCUUCAAAUUUUCCAAGUGAAUUACCUGCAUUUUACUACGAUUCUCGUUAUAAUAACCCUAGGUCUAGGGUGCAUACCAUGCUCGGUGGAACCUUUCAGAAGCGCAGAUUUAAGGGACCGGAGCAUGCCCGUAUGUCUUUAGGGUCACAGAGAAAAGCCCGUUACUCUGCCCAGUCAAAUGGUCUGGGUCACAAGCCAACUUGUCGCCAUUUUGUUAAGAACAGAUUUAAACCUAAUAACAUACCAUCAGAUACCGCAUCUGGAGAUGAAGUCAGUCAACCUGAUGAUACCGGUGCUGAUCUGACUUUACCCUCUGAUAUACUGGUCUCAGACCCUUCGUCUGCAAAUAAUCUGGAGGAAGCAAAGGUGCUUGCUUCUUCUUCCGUCAUGCUUGUUGCUGGCAUUGCCGUCGGGGAGACUAAAAAGCCUCAACAUAAUCAUCCCAUUGUCGGUGGUUCUCCUGCUAAAAUUGUGGAUAAAUUAUCCCAAAAAGCUGAAAAAUCUAAUUCUACAACUGAGUCAGGAAAAAAAAAUAUUGAAUUUAAGCAUGUAUCUGGGUUGACUCAUCCCAGUGAGUUGCCUGAUCGCUCCUCGCCCUUCGUCACUAUUAGUUCGAUAUGCGACUCAGUCCAUUAA